AUGGAAACAGAGAAUGUGGCCAUUUUCACCGAUCUGCGAAAGCAGGUAGCUCCAUUGCUAAAGGGCUUCCAAGCAGAGAUCGACGCAGUGAGUAAAAGAAGUAAGGAGUCAGAGGCUGCCUUCCUAAACGUGUACAAGAGAUUCAUCGAUGUCCCAGACCCUGUGUCGGCCCUGGAGACUGCCCAGCAGCUACAGCUGAAGGUCCAGAGGAUGCACGACAUCGAGACGGAGAACCAGAAGCUCCGCGAGACGCUGGAGGGCUACACCCAGGAGAUCGCUGAGGUCAAGAACCACGAGGUCACAAUUAAAGCACUUAAGGAGAAGAUAGAGGAGUAUGAAGAGACCCUGAAGAAACAGGCCAAGGAGCUGGGCCAGGAGGAGAGGAGAGAGGGAGAGGAGGAGGGGCAGCUUCACAACGACCAUGCAGAGGAGGAGAGUCAACAACAGGAGAACCAGGAGUCUGUGGUGUCAAAGCUGGAGGAGGCAAACCGUAAGGCCCAGUCCCUACAGACAGCACUUGAAGCAACUCAGGCAGAGCUUUUGGAACUGAAGAGCAAGUAUGACGAAGAGUCGACACAAAAGGCCGAUGAGAUUGAAGUGGUGAUGUCAGACCUGAAGAGAGCCAAUCAGAGAGCUAAGGUAGCGGAGAGAGAAGCAGAGGCUCUUCGGGAACAGCUGUCGUCCGCCAACAAGUCCCUCCAGCUUGCCACACAGAUCCAAAAGGCCCCUGACAUGGAGCAGGCCCUGGAGGUUCUGUCGCGCUCCAGUCUGGAGGUGGAGCUUAGCGCCAAGGAGCGGGAGGUGCUGCAGCUGGCCGAGGACGUGCAGAAACUGCAGGCUAGCUUGGCCAACAUCCGGGAGAAUUCUGCCUCGCAGAUAAGCCAGCUGGAGCAGCAGCUCAGCACCAAGGAGAGCUUACUCAAGCAACUGGAGGAGAAACUGCGAGAGCAGGCAGACUACGAAGCCAUCAAGAAAGAGCUCAGUAUCCGAAAGUCAAUGGAGUUUGGCUCUUCAAACUUCUCCUCAGCACAGGACUCUAAGAAGCCUCUGGAGUUGUUGUUGAAGAGUCGAGGCCUGCAGUCUGAGAGCUCCUCCCUGCGCCUAAACAACAGUGAGUUGAGUGGUGUGAGGGAGCGAAAGGCCAAAGACUCAUCAGAGGGUCAACAGCGUCUUCCUGCCACGCCCAUGGGCACCAACUUGCAGGGCUCCCCUCCCCCUCCCUCCUCUCAACUCCUCCUGCGCACUGGCUCAGGUGGUGCCUCCGACACCACCCCUGUCACCACCGCCAAUGGCACGCACCACUUCUCGCCCACGGGCAGCGGGCUGGGCGGGCAGGACUUCUUCAGCCCCUGCUCGCUGGCGUCGGCAGGCACCGCUUUCCCCCUGGCGGGCAAAGUGUCGCUCAGUUCCCUGCUGCAGCGCCAGCUCAUGCAGACCUUCUACUCCAAAGCCCUGCAGGACUCAGUGUCUGGCCAGGCCCUGCUCUUCUCCCCCACCCACUACCCAACCCCUAACUCCCUCUCAGCCAGCCCUCUGCCACCCCAUCAGUCUUUGCAGUCGCAAUCCCAGCACCCGUCGGCGGGCAGCCCAGACAUUAAUGGCCUAGCCCCCUCGCCCAGCCAGUCAGAGGGUGCAGGGAGUGUCUCGGAAGGUGAAGACAUGGACACGUCUGAGAUAGCGCGUCAGGUCAAGGAGCAGCUGAUCAAGCACAACAUUGGGCAGAGGAUCUUCGGCCACUACGUGCUGGGGUUGUCCCAGGGCUCGGUCAGUGAGAUACUGGCUAGGCCCAAGCCCUGGAGCAAGCUGACCAUCAGGGGCAAGGAGCCCUUCCACAAGAUGAGGCAGUUCCUAUCUGACGAGCAGAACAUCUUGGCACUGCGCAGCAUCCAGGGGAGGCAGAGAGAGAACCCAGGCCAGAACCUGAACAGAGUGUUUCAGGAGGUUCCGAAGCGAAGAACCGGCUCCGAAGGCUCCUCGAGGGCAGGUAACAUCACCACGCGGAUCCGUACUCCGGAGAGUGGGUCAGACGAGGCCAUCAAGUCCAUCCUGGAGCAGGCCAAGAGAGAGCUGCAGGUCCAGAAGGCUGAUGGUGUGGACAACAGACAGCGACGACAGACAGGUUACCCCCGAGGCAUGGGCAACUAUUUCGCAAAAUAUGCACAAAGUCUCAGACUCGUCUCUCUCCCUGCAAUGGACUCGUCUCAGACCCCUCCCUCGUCCAGCAUUGGUGGUGGUGGUGGUACUAUCGGCUCAGGUGGAUCCUCCAGCUCAGACGAGACCAUCCGCUCCAUCCUAGAGCAGGCAAGGAGGGAGAUGGAGGCCCAGCAGGCCGCCCUGGAGCCCAUCCUCAAGCCCUCCUCCAUGGGCCCCUCUGACCUGGCCCUGCUCUCUCCCAAACACCUGGGCGCUUCCACUCUCCCGGCCUCCUACUCACCCCUGGCCCUGUCCCUCAAGAAGCCCUCCAUCCCCCCAUCCUCCUCGCCCUCCUCCCUCCUGGACUUCCACUCUGCCAUGGUGAAGGAGGCAGGAGAGGUGGUGGUGGGAGAAGGCGGGGUAGGAGGAGGGUCUCUAAUGGACGGAGGGACCAAGCAGGGGCGGGGCUCCUGGAGGGACCAAUGGUGGAAUAGUAUGCACCCCGGGGGGCGGGGAGUCAUGUCUAGCAUGAACGACGACGCGCGGAGUCAGGAGGACAGCAAGGAGAAGCCUCCCCGGCUGGCCAGCUCGUCCUCGGCGCUGGCCCCYUUCUCCUCCUCCGUCUCCAUCUCCUCCCCGGACUGCUGGAAGGACUGGCCCCGGGCCGAGUCCCCAUACUCCCAGGCCGGCUCCGAGCCCGGCGGAGGCACCAACACCCAGGGGCCCAGCCGCGCCGACACCCCCCAGAGCAGCCCCUCUCCCCUGCCCCUGUCCUUGAGCCUGGGUCCCCUGGGUUCCCUGUUGACCUCCGCAGCCAAACCAGUCAAGCCGGUGGUGGCGCCGCUCACGCCUGAGCAGUACGAGGUCUACAUGUACCAGGAGGUGGACACGGCCGAGCUCACGCAGCAGGUCAAGGACAAGCUGGCCAAGAACGGCAUCUGCCAGCGCAUCUUUGGAGAGAAGGUACUGGGCCUGUCUCAGGGUAGUGUUAGCGACAUGCUGUCCAGGCCCAAGCCCUGGAGUAAGCUGACCCAGAAGGGCCGGGAGCCCUUUAUCCGUAUGCAGCUGUGGCUCAAUGGAGAGCUGGGCCAGAACGUCCUGCCCUUACAGGGCCAGCCACAAGAGAACACCCCAAAGACCUCAGCCAGCUGCAGCCCAGCACCGGAGUCACCCCUCAGCUCAGCCGAGGAGUCAGUGAAGAGCUUGGGGGAGCAGGUGGGAGGAGAGGGAUGUGGGGGUGGAGGAGGGUUGUCCCAGUUCCCCCCCAGAGAGCCCAGCGAGCCCUCUGAGUCCCAGCCCGGCACACCGCUGCCCGUCCCCGGUCACUCAGGUCUCAGCAUCCAGGAGAUGGUGGCCAUGUCCCCGGAGCUGGACACCUACGUCAUCACCAAGAAGGUCAAGGAGGUGCUGACUGAUAACAACCUCGGUCAGCGUCUGUUUGGGGAGACCAUCUUGGGUCUGACCCAGGGCUCGGUGUCUGACCUGCUGGCGAGGCCCAAGCCCUGGCACAAGCUCAGUCUGAAGGGACGUGAGCCCUUCGUCCGCAUGCAGCUCUGGCUUCAGGAUCCACGCAACGUGGAGAAACUCAUGGACAUGAAACGCAUGGAGAAGAAAGCCUACAUGAAGCGGCGCCACAGCUCGGUGAGCGAGAGCCAGACUGCGGACAGUGGGGGCUUGUCGGGGGGAGACUUCAGCCAGGGGGGCAGCCCCCAGCACGGCCUCGGCCACCACCUGCACCAGCAACAGCCCCCCCAGCAGCACCUGAAGAAGGCUCGUGUGGUGCUGGCCCCCGAGGAGAAGGAGGCCCUGAAGAGGGCCUAUCAGCAGAAGCCCUACCCCUCGCCCAAGACCAUCGAGGAGCUGGCGUCACAGCUUAACCUCAAGACCAGCACCGUCAUCAACUGGUUCCACAACUAUAGGUCUCGUAUCCGACGGGAGCUGUUCAUUGAGGAAAUCCAGCGAGGUGAGGGCGGUGAGGGUGUCUCCCCGUCCACCAGAGCGGGCAAGGCCAGCGAGGGUGACAGCUGCGACGGCACCGAGUCGGACGGCACGGUGGAGGGCACACGCCCCGGCCACGAGCACCACCCAGCCUCGGAGGGGGAGUGGGGGUCCGACCACARGGACGAGGGAACCACCUUGGCCACUGGCAGCACCGCCACCGGUACCAGCGGCCACCACAAGGGCGGUGACCUGAACAGCCUGUUCAGCUUCCCCGAGAUCAGCCAUGUUUCCUCUGUGUCCGUGGCUGCUACCGCCGCUGCCCGCAACCCCCGCGACAACAGCCUGCGCAAGAAGAAAGCCGCCAACCUCAAUAAUAUCAUCCACCGUCUGGAGAAGGCCGCAAGUAAAGACGAGCCCCAUGAGUGGGAGUUCUAAUACGGUCCCCCCUGCUCACGCUACCGGCGAAAGUUCCUAUUUUUCUAGAGCCCUAACUGCACAGUCCCAAGGCCAAGCCUGGAGCAGUACUGCCAGAGAAGAACUGGUGUCUUUUACGAGUUUUCAUAUCAAAGAGGGUUUAGAGAUUUUUUGGAGACGCGAAACGACAGCAACAACCUGGUUUUGUUUGUAGAUAAAGCACUUAACAGCCCUGCUGGCCACAGGGCCCUAACACCACCGGCCAAAGGUGCGAAAGAGACGAAAAACUUGUGCUACUCACAAAGGAGCUUCACUCCACAGGACACGAGAAGCAAUUCUGUGUUUUAUUUGUGUGUGUGUGUGUUUCCCUUUGAGAAAUUUAUUCGCCACCUCAGUUUUUCUAACCUUUUUCGCGCAGUGAAUUCUCACAACAUCUAGCAGACUAAAUGUUACAAUGUUUUCUCUUUUCUCUGUUUUCUAAGAGGUUCCUCCUAGUAACUCCAUUGCAGCUGUUUGGUAUCUGUAAGKAUCGUUAAACGGAAAGCCAAGCAUUUAAAACAUUUGUGUCUGCAGGAGAGAAGGACCAUGAAGUGAUCCUUUCCCAAGCAACCUUCUUCUCUGUGCCCCAAAAGUUGCCAUGUAAUGGCUUUGGAACUCUUAAUAUGCUAUGGACUCAAUUGAGAAAGGAAUCAACAUUUUUAUAUAAUUAUUUUUCUCCUCUGAGAAAGAAAAAAAAGUAUUUAGCAAUUUGGUUGCCACUAAGAGAUUGCACAGUCGGUCGACUCUAAACAAUGCUAGUUUCGAUUCCUAAAUACUUGGGAAGGAUAAAAUGAUAAGUGAACAUACGAUUUAUCAGUUGUUGAAGGGAAUGAUGAAAAAAUAUUCACUUUAAUUCACAAUUUUUCAACGUACAACAUAAAAUGCAACAGUCAUGUAAGGAAAAAGGAAAAAUCUGAAAACAUCUUGUGGUAGCUGACUUUUAGUGUUCUUUCUCGUGAGUGAUCUAGAAACUCUUUGAUAAGUAGUGCACAUUUCUUUCAUAGCUUUAACUGACUUUCGGGGACGCCAUUUUGGUGGCACCGGGAGCGUUUKUUUAAUACACUCAAUUUUAGGCCAAAAUCAGGUUUGAGAAUUAAGAAAACAAACAAAAAAAAGAAUUACAUGUAUACAAGUUAAUGGAGAAAAAAAAUAUUUCAGUCUAGAUAUUUUUUAAAACAAAAAGUUACGAACCUGCUUUUUAACCACAAAAUCCACACUAUUGCGACCUCAGAACCAGGGCGGGCAGUGGAGCCGAUGGCCGCUGUACUUCACAGGCUGGCCCUAGGACGGGGAGGCUUGCGUUUCAUUGGGUGAAAAAGCCAGGAGAUGCACAGCUCACUUUACUGUAUAUUCCAAGCUUCAGGCUCUUUUGCUCUCAACUCUUUACCUAUGGUUGUAUGUAUAUAUGUACAUUGUCAAAACAAAAGACAGAAAAAGAAAGACAAGAAACCCCYGUUCCUGUUGCAUAUGGUGCGCUGAGUCGGUGGAAGAGAUUGACUCUCCUCUGCUAGUGUGUUCCCAUACCGACGAGCUACAGGAGUGAUCUAGUCAUGGUCGACCUGUCAUACGUCCCUCCUUUAAACCCCUGAGAAAUAUACUCCACAGGCUGUCAUAUUGGUUUGCUCAGAGGUCAAGAGGUCAAAUGUACCAGUACUUAGUAGAGAUAUUUUGAGGUACAUUUUUACUUAUAACCAAUACCAAAAGUUCUAUCCAAAGUACUGUUGAUGURACAUCCCCCAUCCAAUUUGGUCGUCUCUGUUUCAAAGUCGAGCUGAUUCUUCCACCAGUCUUAAUGCGCUCUCUUCCUUAUAUGAACAGUUUUAUGAUCAAUUCAGGACUGUUAUGUAGCAUCUCCAUUCUCCACUGGUCUCAACAAGUCCUCUUACCUUCAGCUGAAACUCUUGGCUUGCCUCGUGAAUAUAUCUCAGAGGUUAAGAUCACUUGACACGGGUCAAUGGAAGAAACAAAGACAUUCAUUUUAUACUCAACCCUCAACCCAUCCUCCCUCUCCCAGACAUGGUAGAACAGUAGAAACCCCCUCGCACACAUCGAUCACAACCUUCUCCCUCCUCUCCCGUUCCUCCUAUGCCACAUGCUCACAGUGCCUGCCCGCCCACUGCCUCUCCCUCUGUGUUUGAGUGUGUGAGAGCACACGUACGUGUACACAAGUAGACGUGCGCUUGUGUGAUGUUGUAUGCACGUACUGUAGGAAAGGGGUGUAAGGGUGUGAGGGAGGACUAGCUGCCCUGCUCUGCCAUACACACCCCUAAGUGUGUAUGGCUCUGUGCGUGUUUUAUACGUCUUUGAUUUGUACAUGCCUGCACACAUAGAGUGCACAACUGCCACCCUUUCUUUCUUCUAAGCUGUUUUCCAAGUUAUCGCUUACGGCAUAGCAGACUCACAAAUACAGUAGGUCUCCUUUAUUGCCAUAUAUUAACGACUCACAGUAGAUCACUUCAACAAAGUUUUUUUUGUUAAAACAUUUUUGUUCUACUUAUUUAUAGGGGCUCUAUUUUACAUUUUAAUGUCUUAUUUGAUUUUUGUUUUACAUUAUUAUUAUUGUUAUUAUCGUGUGGGACUAUAAGGGGUCAUGUAAAAAAAAAAAAAAAAAACGUUUUUAGACUGAUAGACUGCCGGCAGUAUUGGGUUAUACGUACGAGAUGUAGUUGUCAUACAUGUAUAUUAGUGAAAUUUGAAUAUGUUUUGACAGUGUCAUUUAUAUGGUUUGAACUCAAUUGAGAGAUCAACCCGAUGAUGUCAUCGAUAGCAUUAUGGUGCAUUCACCUUUCGUGAUGUGUCUAUGCAGUUUUCUUUUCUUCUUUUUAACUUGUAUGUAUUUUCCAUGAAGAUAGAUCACCUCARCAAGCAUAAUUGAAAUCAGGUUGACUCAUUCUAUUUUGUACAUUUUCCGUGAAUCACUGAACCCAGCACAGGACAGAAGUUGUGGUGGGGCUCGAGAACCAAUAGCAUCUGAAUGUCUGGAACUGCUGUCAUUUGGCAUCACCUCUGAAUCUGGCAUUUUAUUUUUGAAAUGUUCCAGCUUUAUUUGGGAUUAAUAAACUGAGGUACUGAUAGGAUCGCUAUAUAUGGGCUUAGAUCUAGCAAGAGAGUGUGACUGGCAUUUCCUGUUUAUUGGACCGGGAGGUUUCCUGUCUCUACAAACUAACCAACAUGUGGCUCUGCACAAGGCUAGGGAUCAGAAAACUGGAGUGAACUAUAAACUGUGAUGCACUUGCUGAAAUCUAAAAYGUUUGUGAAGCUCUUAGUACUACGUACACAGACUAUUCAGAAGAUGUUUAUUUCCGCAGUKAUUAUUUGCUAAAUAUAGGUUUAGUUCCUUAAAACAAAAACUUAUCAAAUGACAUUUUUAUACGUAACAAUAACACAAACAGGUGUGUAAAGCACAAGCACUACUGACCAACAACCUCUUAAAAAGGGCGGAAGGCAAUUAAACUGUCACAAUUUACCUUAAAAGUUGAAUAGCAUGCUGUUAAAAAUGUUCUAUCCUAUUCUGACUUUACAGUAAGCUUACUCUUUAAAGACAUCACAUUAUCAACAAAGAAAGAGAUUAUUGUCAACUUUUCAAAUUGUGCACAUUUGGAGCACAAUACAUUGGACUUAAUAUAUGGCUGUCUGAUCCUUGCGUCAUAACCUGGCUCUAUAGAGUGGGUCCUGAAUGCCUACUGCUCAGCUGCCCCUCCUACAGCAAAGCUGGUGGUGAUUAGAUCACCUCUGGAGGGCAGUGAAGUUAGCACACUGUUCAGAAGCCCUGCGUCCUGGCUGGUUCCAAACUACGCUCCCUCAAGUGCCACACUGCCAGUCUGGCCAAUCACAGCAGUCCCUAUCAGUUGGUCGCACUUUUCAACUGAACUUCGAAUUAAAGCACAAGUACUGCGACAAGUUUAAAAUAAUUGUCUUUCCAUUUAAUGGCUGCAAGUAAAGCUUAAAUUGAUCAUACCCAAAAACAUUACCUUUCAAAAAGGAGUUGAUGUUUUAGCACUAUUAAAGAGACAUCUUAGCUUAGCACUUACCGUCUGCGAGUCUUUUCCUCCGGACUAUUUUAAGUUCAUAGGAGUGUCUUUGCCUUAAAGUGACCAAAGUGUUGAUAUUGUUUUAAGGAUUGCUCAUAAGUUAAUGCAGUAAGCUGGCCCAGUCUCUUAGUCUGAAGUCUUGCGCCCAUCCCAUCGUCAUUCUCAUGAGACUUUUCAUCACUGAUCUCCAAGUCUUGUGCAGGCACCACAUGGAAACAAGCAAUCAUUUUGAUUUGUCUCCCACAUGCUGUGUCCUCAACACAGCUGUUGAUGUCUGUAGCAAAGUUGUUUUGUCUGGAAAUGCUCCACUGCUGUUGAAUAAAAGGGGUCCAGUGCUGUGACUGUCUUCAGUCCUGGGCUGGCUCCUCCAGAGGUGAUGCCAAUACAGACUUUUAGGCCACAGAUCUGUAGGAGGUACACAUUCAAAAGUCCAUAUGCAGAUAGUCGGUAUGGCCCUCAUUAACAAUGAUGCAGGCUUGAGUGUCUGGUAGAGGCACUAGUGAAAGGGAUUUCAUCAACAGUAUGUGAGUCUCCCAGAGGGAUUUCAGUUUGAUAUUAUUACUAACAUGUCAAGUUGUGCUAUCAUGAUGUCAACUGUUCCCAGCUAAUACCCUGUCAGUACAGGCGACAAUAGCGAUAGCUGACAGGCAGUGCUUUUUGACUUGGAGUUACAUUUCUGUGGAUUUGUUUUUAUUUUUCUAUUUCUCAUUUGAUGCUAAUGCAAGAUUUGAACAAGAGUUCUCUCACUUUUUCUCCCCAAAUCAUGUUCUGCUGUCAGCCAUUUUGGAACAUUGCAUGUAGUUUUGCCCUUUGGCACAGAGGGAAAGGUUUUUGAUCAUUAACUUGUAUUUGAUUUUAUCCCUAUUAAUUCAUAGAUCAAUGUGUUUUGGAUUAUUUUUUUAUCGUAAUCAUUUAAAGGGGGGUUGUGCACUCUGAGCUAAUGGAAGUCAUUCUGGUUGUAGUAGAAACCAAAGUGGUGGAAUUAGUUUUUAACUUUUCCCGAUUUUCAAACCGUCUGAACGUCAUUGCUUCUUGUUAACGUGUACCACACCUCUUUUUCCUCAUGCUAUAGGUUAGGUUCACAUGACAUUGCUUUGUCAGACUCUCCUUCUUCAACAAGGGAUUGCACCCUUAGUAUUCAAGGACACGAUUCUCCUUGAGGCCACAGUCAUGGAAAUAAUGCUGACUAGAACGGCACAGAACAUAGACAAGGACAGAUAUCACACACCAAUACAUGAGCAAUACAAUUGAAAGAGGACCAAAUCAGGCUUGACUACCUUUCUGAGUUAUUGUCUAGCACAUGUUCAUAUAGACGUCAUAAAGAACAGGCUAUGUUUAUCAGUCGCAGUUAAUACAGUGUUUAUGUUGUAGUGUCCAAGAACUAGAGGUCGGUCCUCUUUUCUCUGCUCCUAUUCAUGUGUAUACUUCUGCAAUUGACAGGGAAAGGUUUUCUUAAAGUGUUGGUUAGAUUUGUAGACACAGAGUUGUCUGUAGCUUUCUGAAUGAACGGGUAAGAUUCUGAGUAUCAUGAAGAAUUAGGGGACUGGAUUUCACAGUGGAACCCUGGAGGAAGCACCCAAAGCUACACUGGUUUAUACAAAGGGCAUUUUGCAUGUGUUUGUUCAGUUUCUUUGUGCUACAGUUCCCUUCUGUGUUAUCAUGUUCUUUUUCUGUUGUUAAGAAAAACAUAGGUUGUUACUAUGUUGCAGAAACCAUAUGAUUAUUUUGGAUGAAUUUCAGGAAUUUGCCCUUUGCAAAUAUUUUUCUAUAGAACUAAAGUAGAUUGCUAUCAAUAUUAUAUACACUGUCAUAUAAAGUUGUACAGAUAUAUAUCCUUAUAGCAAGUUGUUAAGAAUUACUAUGGGUUUGUUUUUUGUUAUUACUGUCAAAGUAUUGGUAGUUCUCUCUGUAGGGUUGAUGUGUCCAUAGCUUAGUUUUUUCCCCCAUGUCAGGACUCCGAAAACCUCACACUGUAUGAUCGACUUCAAGGAUCGUUGCAUACGUAUUAGCGUUAGCCAGCGCUAAUCUCAUGGUGUUUGUGUAUCAUGGAUUCACAUUUCUCUUAUGACCCUCCAAUUAUUUCAUAACCUCAUGUUAUUUGUGAGACAAACGUUAACCCAGUAAACAUGAAGACCAAUGCCUUGAUUCUCAGUGAAGCAUACAUUGCAGAACCAUAUGUCAUUGCACAUCACUAGCCCCAAUCUAUACUUGCUUUUAUUUAUAGUAUAUACACUCCUUAGGCUUUGUUAGAUUCUCCUUAUUCAAUGUCAACAGACACUGGUAGUGACAAAAGGUUUUUGACGAUGUUUGCUAAAAGUGUGAUGAAAUCUGGAAUUAUUUGCUUUUGAUUUGCCUUCCGUUUUAAGAUGAGAUUUGAUUUGAACAUUAAUGCAUUUAUUUUUUGCUCUCAUCUUUUUGCUUGUGUUAAGUCUCAGAAGUCAGCCAGGGACAGUAGUCUUGUGAUUGUGAGAAGAGUCAGAAGUCGCCAUGUUAAUAGAGUUGUGAUGCCAGUGACAUUGGAAAUGGAGACUAAAAUAGUGGUCAACAAUGGCGGCAUUAAUAAUGUCAUAUUCAAUCUGAAUUUGGAUUAUCUAAGUGUGGUCACACAUUACUUUAUGCAUUACUGAUUAACUGCUGAUUGACAUUUUGCAUCCAUCACUCAGUGGUGGUUGGCAUAUAAGUUACGAUGAAAAACUAAAUAAUAAAUGUUGACAUCGAUUAACGGUUGGUUGUGUUACAGUAGUUUUGGGCCUUUGUCGGCCAACUCCAAAUGGACAACUAAUUUUUUAGAGUGACAUCCAAUAUUGUGUUUUUUGAAAGCUGUGUUUUUAGAGCUUUAGUGAAGGAAGCAUGAUAGAACUACAUCACCCACAGUCCUUUGCUGCUACCUUGUUUGCUUUCUAUUCAUAUGAGAGGAUGUUGUGGUGGCGGAGUCACAUACUCGUAUAAGCUGAGUGUCUAUGGAGUCCCCUCCCUCAGUUCAGCUCAAUGUCUCCAUACUCACAUUGACAUGCUCCCAAGGCCUCAACUGACUGUAUGAAUUUGUAACUGGACAAAUACCUGCUAAACUGCUGAAGUCAUCAAAUUUGUUUGUGUCCAGUUCACCUUUGUUUGGCCAUGUGCUAUAUCUAAGUCUAAGAUCGUUGUUUUCAUGUUGUCGUAUAAUCCGAUUCUCAUUGACUAAAGCCUUGUUCACAUUGGAAGUUGACUCAAAUCACAUUUUUUUGCAUAUCCGAUUCGAAUGUGGUCUUUUUCCUGCAGUCACAACAGCCAAAAAGUACAUGGAAUCAAAUAUUUCAAUCCACAUUUCAAACCACCUUUGAAGUCUGAUACAAAUAUGAUUCCUGGCCAUGCAACUUGUGUCUGAACAGUCAAAUCUGAUUUAUUCGCUCUCAAAUGGUUUUUAAGACUGUUAUUUGGCAUUUCUUGUUGCUUGCUAGCUACUCUGUUUCCAGUUUGACAAGAACAUGUGGUAGCAAAAUAGCUUGUUCAUUGUUAGUGAAUGUGCUAGAAAGCUAAACASCUACCUAGCUAAGUGACUAAAAGUUGGAUCAUCUUAUCCUUUAAGGCUUUAUAAGUGUUCUUACACAAUGAUUUUGAACAUUCAAAGCAACUUGAAGGUUGUCACCUUAGCUUGCUACAUUACUUCUGAGUGAUAGGCAGCAGGAGCACCGCCACCAAUCAGCCUACACCACGUUGCACGCCCGUCAUUACUAGCGUAGCCAUGUCAGCAAAUGACUGCUGUCUGAAUACACAUUUCCAAUUUGGUCACUUGUAACUUGCUGUUUGGACAGUCAGUAUUCCAAAAUGGAUUUGAAAAACAAAACUGAUUUGAGCUUUAAGGCCUGCAGUCUGAACAAGGCUUAAUUGUGUUAAGAACAAAGCUAGCUAUACUCGCCAAUGGUUUUGGCUCCUCCCCUUUACUAUUACCCUACCAGGUUUAUAAGCAACCUUCCUUAGAGGUCUAUUUUUCAGCUGAUGAUUUUGAAACUAGGACACUACUUUUAUCAAGCAUGGAAAGAAGUCUGAGUGUAUGUGUUGGGUGUUGGAUGGUGUCAAUUUGGCCGACUCUCAACCUUCAAAGUGCCAGAGGUCUCCAACUUUCUGCUGUUUGGUCAGGCAGCCAUCUCACUAUCAGUUUAUCUACUGUAAUGUCAAGUUGCUGUCUCAGUAGACUUUCAAUUCCGUGUAUAUACUAUCUGAUUACACAUAGGUCACGUUGUUGUUCAAAUGUCAUUCAAUUACAGAACUUGAGAAUGCCUGUUUCAAUAGACACUGUAGAUUUUCUGAAAUAAUUGAGACUAACAUGUUUUAGUCUGUUUGUUUGCUUUUGCUUUGUAAAUGGGUGAAAGAAGAUCAAGAUUUUAUACCAAAUAUUGUUUGAUUCUUUUUCCACUGCUAAGGAGACCUUUCAGUACCUUGAAUGAAAGGUUUAAUUGCUUAGCUCUUGUUUUGGCAAAUGCGAGUGUUAUUGGAGAUGUACAGAUAUCGCUUCCAUAGAAAUUGAUUUGUGCAAUUUAAUUUCUUAUGAAGGUUAUGUGAUUUGUUUUUUAAACCAAACUUCACAUUGAAGUUAGUUACCAUAAUGUUACAAAAUAAAAAAAAAUCCCUUCAACCAAAAAAAGUGUAAUUCUCAACGAAGAGUUGGUACUUCCAACUGAAGAGUUUCAGCGCAAUUCACUUUUCCUCCAACACUUCACUUAUGAAUUAUAGCUUGACGUGGGGCAAAACAUUUUGGCAUUCAUAUGACAUGGCGUGUGUGUGUGUGGAGUGUUGAGCGGCUCCUAUGCAGUUAAGGGAGGCAGUUUCCUUAUUCCUUUUAGUUUGUGUCCUCUCUUUUUUUACUGACUGCUUUUGAAGUGAGGAACCCUCGCACCAUCUCUGCUGGUCUAAUUGUGUCUCUCAAAGCUCAGGUGGAAACUACUUUUAGCAGAGUCCUUGUGUCACUGUCACCGGCAAAAACAGUGCUCCCCCCUUCAUCUUCAGUCCAGAGAGAGGUGUAGUUAGUUUCUGUCGGCUGAUUUAUGUUUCUAUGAAGCGAUUCUAGGCCUCAUGAUCGGCAAUGAAAGGUUGACUCCACCUUCACAGGAAAAAUUUUUACUUCUUCCAGUUUCAGUUUGUUCUCUCGUUUGGUUCCUUUUUAUUUGGUCAUUUAAGUCAUGUAGUCUGUUCCCAGCACUGUAAGACAGUCCCUAUACAAUAUGGAGAAGCAAUAUCACUGUAUGAAACUCACAAUGUAUUAUUGUUAUUAUUAUUGUUAUUAUUAUUAUUAUUCACUAGCACCCUAGGUGUGAUAAUUGAAGUAAAUAUCUUUUAUACAAACACAAA